AUGGUUCAUCAACAAGCUGGAGGUGUCUCUAAGCUCGUGAUAAAUCUAAAGUUGACUGCUCCAAUGGGCUCCAGUCUAAAUGGAGCCCCAGCCUAUCCUAUGCGGGACAAACCAUUUAGCGCACACCUGCUUGACGGAAAGUACUCAGAGAAAACAGGGGGUACUCAGGGACAACAGGGGGUACUCAGAGACAACAGGGGAUACUCAGAGACAGCAGGGGGUACUCAGGGACAACAGGGGUACUCAGGGACAACAGGAGGUACUCCAGAACAACAGGGGAUACUCGAGAGACAGCAGGGGGUGCUCAGGGACAACCAGGGGUGCUCAGGGACAACAGGAGGUACUCAAGACAACAGGGAUACUCAGAAAACAGGAGAAUUUUCGAGACAACAGGGAUACUCCAGAGACAGCAGGGGGGGUACUCAGGGACAACAGGGGGUGCUCAGGACAACAGGGGAUACUCAGAGAAAACAGGGGGUACUCAGAGACAACAGGGGGUACUCGAGGACACUUGGGGGGUGCUAA